UUCAGUUUCGCUUUAGACAGCUUUGUGCAGACUUGUGUUCAUUAAUAUAAAAACGAUCCUUCAAUCAAAAUGUGGAAGAAAGUGAUUUUCUGUGUGGUCCUUGUGGCCUUUGUGGGCGUGCAGUUUGCCAACUCGCUGACCUGCUCCAAGUGCACCUCCCCAUCUGCCUGCAAAAAUCCUUCCUCUGAAGUCUGCUCGAAUUCUACGGCCAAUGCCAACAAAGGUUUCCUGGAAUCGUACCACAGCAAUGUUCCCAAUGUGAACGGCAGUCUGAAUUUCUCCUGUGCCAAUCUCACCUACCACACAGCCAACCUCACUCACACCUCAGAGUUUCUCGGCUGCGUUUUCAACGAAACCAAUGUCUGCGGUCUUUCCUUGACCAACACGUCGACUGGUUGGACCAGGAAGUGCUACACCUGUGGAACCGACUACUGCAAUCCCGCAGGAACUUUCAGUGGCAGUGCCUAUACCAUCGUGGGUUCGGUUCUGACCCUACUUUUGGCCAAGUUUUUGAGCUAAACUGAAUUCCUUUCGCCUAAUAUUUAUUUUCGAUAUGUUUUAUUUUAAAAUGUUUAGUAUUUGAAAAAAAGUUUAUGAAUGAAAGCCUCUUAAUAAAAUAAUUAUCAAUAAUUAAAAUGGCCUUUAGAGGGUUUUACAAACUUUUA